CGCAGUCGGUGCAGCCGAGUUAAUUCCCAGCAUGUCUCAGUGGAAUCAAGUGCAGCAGUUGGAACCCUGUUUUUUAGAGCAAAUAGACCAGAUUUACGAUGACAUCUUUCCCAUGGAAAUUCGACAUCUUUUAGCACAGUGGAUCGAAAACCAGGACUGGGAAUCUGCCUAUAGCAAUGAGUCCACAGCGGCAAUGCUGUUGCAUAACUUAUUCAUAAAACUGGAUGAGCAUUUAGAGCGUGUUUCUCAGGAGAAGAAUCUCCUUUUGAUACAUAACCUAAAGAAAGUCAGAAAAGUUCUUCAGGCAAAAUAUCAAAGUAAUCCUCUACAUAUAGCACUGGUUAUUUCAAACUGUUUAAGAGAAGAAAGAAGAGUAUUGGCUUCAGCCAGUAUGCCAGUUCAGGGACCUCUAGAAAAGUCACUACAAAACUACUUGGGUUCAGAAAGGCAAAGAAAAAUUGAGCUCAAAGGUUCUGAAAUUAAGAACAGUACACAGCUGACAGAACAAGACAUCAAAUAUUUAGAAGAUUUGCAAGAGGAGUUUGACUUCAGAUUUAAAACUAUAUGCAACAUAGAACAGAAUGACAAAAACAGUCCUGUGAUGAAGCAGGAGAUGCUGUUGUUGCAGGAAAUGCUCAAUACCAUAGACUACAAGAGAAAGGAAGUUCUCAGUAAAAUGGCACAAAUAGUAAGGGAGGUUGAUGCCUUGGUGAAUAACAUAUUAAUAGAAGAGUUAUUGGACUGGAAGAGACGGCAACAAAUCGCUUGCAUUGGGGGCCCUCUACACAGUGGGCUUGAUCAGCUGCAAAACUGUUUCACACUGUUGGCUGAGAGUCUUUUUCAAAUAAGAAGGCAGUUGGAGAAGCUGAAUGAACUUUUGAUAAAACUCACCUACGAAGGAGACCCCAUUCCAUUACAAAGACCUCAUUUGUUGGAAAGAAUAAAUGCUUUACUUUACAGUCUUUUCCAAAGUUCAUUUAUAGUGGAGAGGCAGCCUUCCAUGCCAACUCAUCCUCAGAGGCCUUUGGUUCUGAAAACGAUGAUACAGUUUGCUGUUAAACUUCGGCUGCUUAUUAAAUUGCCCGACCUGAACUACCAGAUUAAAGUGAAAGCUACUAUUGACAGGAAUGCCUCUACUAUAAGCAACCGCAGAUUUGUUCUGUGUGGGACUCAUGUAAAAGCAAUGAACAUGGAUGAGUCUGCAAACGGGAACCUUUCAGUGGAAUUUCGACAUUUGCAGCCAAAAGAAAUGAAAGCAAGUGGUACAAACAAAGGAAACGAGAUUCCUCAAGUGGUAACUGAAGAACUACAUUCAAUCACUUUUGAAACACAGAUCUGCUUAUAUGGGAUGACUAUAGAUUUGGAAACGAGCUCUUUACCAGUGGUGAUGAUUUCUAAUGUCAGCCAAUUGCCUAAUGCUUGGGCUUCUGUUAUUUGGUACAACUUGUCAACAAGUGAACUCCAGAACUUGGCUUUCUUUAAUAAUCCAAUCCCUGUCACUUUGAGUCAGCUCUUAGAAGUCCUGAGCUGGCAGUUUUCAUCAUAUGUUGGCCGUGGACUGAAUUCGGAUCAACUGGGAAUGCUGGCAGAAAAACUAAUAGGGCAACAGAUUACUUCCGGUGAUCAUCAGCUUUCAUGGUCAAAGUUCUGUAAGGAACACUUGCCUGGCAAACCAUUUACAUUUUGGGCGUGGCUUGAAGCAAUCUUGGAUCUGAUUAAAAAACACAUUCUUCCUCUUUGGAUUGAUGGGUGCAUUAUGGGCUUUGUGAACAAAGAGAAGGAGCGAGCUUUGCUGAAAGACAAGAAACCUGGGACGUUUCUACUAAGGUUUAGUGAAAGUAAUUUAGGAGGGAUUACGUUUACCUGGGUAUCCCUGUCUGAAAAUGGGGAAGUGAAGUUUCAUUCUGUUGAACCAUAUAACAAAGGCCGCUUAACUGCCUUGCCAUUUGCAGACAUAUUACGAGAUUACAAAGUUAUUUCGACAGAUAACAUUCCUGAAAACCCAUUGCAGUAUCUUUAUCCCAAUAUCCCCAAAGACAAAGCUUUUGGAAAGCACUACAGCUCUCAGCCUAAUGAAGUAGCAAGACCUACAGAAGGAGGGACCAAAGGUUAUGUCCCCUCUGUCUUCAUUCCAGUCUCUAAAAUUCUGAAUAAUUCCACAGAUCCACCUUCUCCAUCAGAUCUUCUUCCCAUGUCACCAAGUGUCUAUGCUGUUUUGAGAGAACACUUGAGCCCUUCUGUAAUGGAAACUGCUUUGAAUUCUCCAUAUGCAGCUGAGUGACAGAUACUGAAGAUUUUAAAACACAGAUGAACGUUUGUGUGUAUUAAUAUAUGUUUAUAAGACAAUGUUCUUAAUUUUCCUGUAGAAUAAAUAUAUUUUUCCAAGAGAUAUACAGAAUGCUCAUAUUGACCGUAACUCUUAAUUUGCUUAAAUAUUUGAUCUGGUUCAGAUAAUGAUUUGACAUGGCUAGAAUGAACGUCAUAUAGUAUACUGUACUGUUCAAACUUUUAUUGAUGUAACUAGGCUGAAUUCUCACAUCACACGAACUCUAAUGUUGUUAAUAUGAUUUAUCGUGUAUAUAUUGAUAAUUACAUAAACCAAAAAUUAUGGUCAAUUUUAUUCCACGGAC